GGAGUGCCCGCCUCCUGGGGAAUUAUCCUGGGCGAAGAGGUCGGGCGUCAGACGUCGCGAACCCAGCUGAAGGAACGCGAUUCGGGCCCCCAGGCGUGGCCCGGCAGAGCAGCGUCUCCGCCUCCGCGGUGGGACAGAACCAACCGCCGGACAGCUCACCGCCACCCGCGGGCCCUGAGCCGCAAUGUUCCCCCGGGAGGCGAAGUGGAACAUCUCCUUUGCGGGCUGCGGCUUCCUCGGCGUCUACCACAUCGGCGUGGCCUCCUGCCUCCGCGAGCACGCGCCCUUCCUGGUGGCUAACGCCACGCACAUCUAUGGCGCCUCAGCCGGCGCCCUCACUGCCACGGCAUUGGUCACCGGGGCCUGCCUCGGUGAGGCAGGUGCCAACAUCAUCGAGGUGUCCAAGGAGGCCCGGAAGCGGUUCCUAGGCCCUCUGCACCCUUCCUUCAACCUGGUGAAGACCAUCCGGGGCUGCCUACUGAAGACCCUGCCUAAUGAUUGCUACGAGCGUGCCAGUGGGCGUCUGGGCAUCUCCCUGACACGGGUGUCGGAUGGCGAGAAUGUCAUCAUCUCCCACUUCACCUCCAAGGAUGAGCUCAUCCAGGCCAAUGUCUGCAGCACCUUUAUUCCUGUGUACUGUGGGCUCAUCCCUCCCUCCCUCCAAGGGGUCCGCUAUGUGGAUGGUGGCAUUUCAGACAACCUGCCACUCUAUGAGCUCAAGAACACCAUUACUGUGUCCCCAUUCUCGGGGGAAAGUGACAUCUGUCCUCAGGACAGCUCCACCAAUAUCCACGAACUUCGGUUUACCAACACCAGUAUCCAGUUCAACCUACGCAACCUCUACCGCCUCUCCAAGGCCCUCUUCCCACCGGAGCCAUUGGUGCUUAGAGAGAUGUGCAAGCAGGGCUACAGAGACGGUCUGCGCUUCCUGCGGCGGAAUGGCCUCCUGAACCGGCCUAACCCCCUGCUGGCACUGCCCUCCGCCCAAGGGCCCAAGGAGGAGGACACAGAGGGGGCUGGCAUGGGUGCAGAGAGGAGCAGUGCUGAGGAACAGCCACCUGCGCCCAUCGAGGACCACAUCCUGGAGCAUCUGCCUGCGAGGCUCAAUGAAGCCCUGCUGGAGGCCUGUGUGGAGCCCAGGGACUUGAUGACCACACUGUCCAAUAUGCUACCUGUGCGGCUGGCCACAGCCAUGAUGGUGCCCUAUACCCUACCACUGGAGAGCGCCGUGUCCUUCACCAUCCGCCUGCUGGAGUGGUUGCCUGACGUGCCUGAGGACAUUCAGUGGAUGAAGGAGCAGACGGGCAGCAUCUGCCAGUACCUGGUGAUGCGUGCCAAGAGGAAGCUGGGCAGUCAUCUGCCCUCCAGGCUGUCUGAAUCCACAGAACUGCGCCGUGCCCGGUCACUCCCCUCUGUGCCGCUGUCCUGUUCCAGCUACCGGGAAGCACUGCCCAACUGGGUGCGCAGCAACCUCUCACUGAGUGAUGUGCUGGCCAAGUGGGAGGAAUGCCAGCGCCAGCUGUUGCUGGGUCUCUUCUGCACCAAUGUGGCCUUCCCUCCAGAUGCCCUGCGCAUGCGAGUGCCGGUAGACCACCCCACACCUGUGGACUCCUUGACCACGGACCCCACACCUUCCCAGCAGCCCCCAAGCCUGCCUCCAUGCUAAGUGCCCUCUCCCUCCCAGCUGGGCUCCACAGCCUCCCUGUCUGGGAACUUGGCUGCAAGGGCCAGAUCCCACCCUGGCCUCUCCAGUUACCCAGUGUGGAGUAAAGACUGGUCCUCACGCUGCGAAGAGGGGGCUCUGGUGUGCACCCCAACCACUCACUUGCUGCCCUGGGUGAGGAGCUCCAGUGUUUGUGCCUUAGUCUCCUCCCCUUUUGCCCCCUCCCCGCACAGGCUUCUUUUGAGAACCUCACACCUGCACCACCCGCCUGUUAUUCUUGUUUUGCUGAACAAUAUGUGUGAAGAAUUAUUUAUUUUUGCCAAAAUAUAUGUAAUAAAA